AUGGAUCUCGGCAAAUCAAGCACCAACCAAACCGAGGUUUCAUUGACCAUGGCCAAACAUUUGUUCUCCAAAGAAGAAUACAAAGAAAAGAACAUUGUGUUUUCGCCAUUGUCCCUCCAAAUCAUACUCAGUAUCGUAGCUGUUGGCUCUCAGGGUUCCACGAAACACCAGCUUCUUGAAUUCCUCCAUUCUGACUCUACCGGCAAACUGAAAACCUUAUGCUCUCAACUCGUUUCCUAUGUGCUCGCCGAUAACAGCUCCGCCGGCGGACCUCUGGUCUCUUUCGUCAAUGGUGUUUGGGUUCAACAAUCAUCUUCUCUUAAACCUUCCUUCAAAAAAAGCGUGUCUACUGAUUUCAAAGCCGCUAUUGCCUCAGUUGAUUUUAUAACCAAGGCGCAUGAAGUGGCAAAAGAAGUGAAUUUAUGGGCUGAAAAAGAGACAAAAGGUCUUAUAAAGAAUCUACUUCCACCUGAGUCAGUUGAUAGCUUAACCAGACUCAUACUUGCAAAUGCACUAUAUUUCAAAGGUGCAUGGCGGACAGAGUUUGAUAUAUCAAAAACAAAAGACUAUGAUUUUUACCUUCUCAAUGGAAGCUCAGUCAAAGUUCCUUUCAUGACGAGUAAGGAUAAACAGUAUAUCAGUGUUUUUGAUGGUUUUAAAGUCCUUCAACUUUCUUAUAAGGGAGGUCAGUCAUAUAAGCAUAAGGAUAGGCGUAGUUUCUCUAUGUACAUUUAUCUUCCUGAUGCAAAAGAUGGAUUGUUAGCUUUGAUCGAAAAGGUUGCUUCUGAUUCUGAAUUUUUGGAGCAUACACGUCCUAGAAAAUCAGUGCCAGUAGGUGACUUUAGAAUUCCAAGAUUCAAUAUUUCUUUUGACCUUGAAACUUCUAGAAUGUUGAAGGAGCUGGGAGUGGUUUUACCUUUCUCUGAAACAGGUGGAGGUUUGACAAAAAUGGUAGAGGACUCUCCUACAAGUGAACAACUUUAUGUUUCGGCAAUAUAUCACAAAUCUUAUAUUGAAUUAAAUGAAAGAGGAACUGAAGCGGCUGCAGUGAACUUUUUUACAAUGAGGGCAGGAUGCGCUAUGAUUAGAAAACCACCACAACCUCCCAUAGACUUUGUAGCCGACCACCCUUUCAUGUUUUUGAUUAGGGAAAAUUGCUCUGGAACAAUACUCUUUAUUGGACAAGUGCUCAAUCCCGGAGUUUUAAAGAAGGGAACUGAAGCUACUGCAGCGACCAGUGUAGGUGUAUUAUUAUGUAAGCCUGAAAGACAUCCGCCUCCCAUAGACUUUGUAGCCGACCACCCUUUCAUGUUUUUGAUUAGAGAAGAUUGCUCUGGAACAGUACUCUUUAUUGGAGAAGUGCUCAAUCCCGAAUGCAAUAUUUCUGGAGAUAAUUUUGAUUCAAGCCAGGAAGCAGACUCGAUUACAGAUUCGGGGGUGAUGCAAGGCAAGAGAAGAGUCUUGAGGUUGGAGGAAAAGGUCCCGUCCUUAGUAUGGAAAUCAAUUAAGGAUUUGGGAAUAGAAGGAGAAGAAGAUGAUGAAGUGUUCGAAGGCAUCAUUCGAGAUUUGGAAGAUAAGGAACAGAGGAAGAAGGGGAGGAGCAAGGCGUUAUCAGAAUUGGUUCCAUGA